AUGCAGAAGACCCCCAGCAGCUACCAUCCAGGCACCGGCAAUGCAAAGCUCUGCUUCCUUGUGGUACGCGGAGCGUGCUUGCUGCACAGGGAACAUCGUUGCUGCACCAGUGAAGGUUCCAUCUGUACAUCUGCCCGGCGUCCAGAGUGCGAGCUGCGGGCCGUUGGCGAGGCUCCACUGUCUUCUCUGCGCCUCUUCCUCCUCGUGCCCUGCUCAGCGAGCUGCUUGGAUGAAACCUGCUUCCAGGACACAGAUGACGAAAGCUCACCUCUCAAGGAGCUGAAGCACCCACGCUUCGGACACGAGCACCUGAGCAGGCUGAGUGUCUCCCCCAGGGGCACCUUGCUGGUCCUGGGGAGAUGGGAGUGGUGGGGUGAUCGUAAAUCAGUGCGCUUAAAUCCAAAUGGAAAGUGGAAAAGACACAAAAUCUGCAAGGACUGUGUUCUCUACAGCCAGGAGGUUAAUGAGGGUGUCCUGGUAGCUGCUCCUGCAGAGCGAGCCGCAUCCGGCCUGCAGGAGAGCGCUGGGCCAGCGAGGAGAGGGGCCCGACGCCGGGCCGUGUCCUGCGCGACCCUCUCAUCUGGGCUGUCCCAGGCAGGGCCAGCGAAGUCCCUCACAGGCCAUGAGCUGGACGUCGCGAGGUCUCAGCUCAGCGUUUGCGGGAGUCCCCUCACCGUCCUCCACAUCUUCCAAGGGCCCGGUGCCUGCAGCCAGGUGGCCUCUGAGGCCGGCUCUGGGGAUGUGGCCACGAUGCCUAAAGACAGCAGCGCCACCACCUGGCCCCCGGAGGGCCCAGCACUCAUGCCCCUUGGGAGCCCACUCUCCAACCACGGCUCGGUCGUCCAGACCAGUCCUGGGCAUCAGGAGGCUGGGGACCGGUCUCACCUGCAGGGAGGGUGGCCAUUCUUGAGGACUGGGCUGGACGACAGCUGGGGGCAGGCUCUCUGUCUGCUGCAGGGUCCCUGGGGGAGGGGAGGAGGAGGGAGGCCCCGGGCAGUCUGCGUGCAGGAGUCCCAGCGACCCCCUUCGGAAAGGCUGGUGGGCUCAGGGCAUGCCUUGUGCCGGUCCAUGGUCUGA